AGAUAGUUUGGUGCGUGGGUAUUAAAUUGGCUCCAUUCGAUUAUUGAUUACUUGUGCUGUGCUGACAUGAGGGAUAGGCCACAGCUUUAUCGAUUCAUGGUGAAAAACAACAAUAUAUGAAAAUCUCUCUCUCUCUCUCUCUCUCAAAGGGGCUCUCCUUCUCCCUCACAGAAACUACUUUCUGUUCCCACUCUUUCAUUUUCUUCACUGACAGAGGAAUACCUGCACACUUUCUCACGCAUACUCAAAACAGAGUACCUCCCCAUCACACAGCAGAGCCCCACUCCUCUCUCUCUCUCUCUCUCUCUCUCUCUAUAUCAUAGAGAGAGAGAGAUUGUGAUGGAUAUGAUAAGGGAGGUGGCAGGGAGGUUUCAGAGGAGAGAACAGAAAAGGACAGAGCAGAGAAAGCACAGGGAGAUUUUUCCAGCCUUAUUUUCCAAUCUCUCAUCUCAUGCCCUAUUAUUAUUAUAUCUAUCCCUCCUUGCCUUUUUCCCCCUUGUCACUCACAUUCAUCAACUCCCUAUGAAAAACCCAUCCCACACUCUUCCCCUUCCACUCUAAAAACCAAACCUCACCUGCUUCUACAUAAACACACUCUCCCUCCCUCCCCACCCCAGCCACAACUUUCAUCCAACACCUUGCCCGCACUCUCAAUUUGCAUUCUUCUAGGUUUAUUUUCUCCAAACCAAAAACCCUUGAAUCCCUUUCUGAUUUGCUUCCUUGCCAUGGAUCUCAUGAACCUCGGUCGCCAUCUUGAUCAGCUAAACGGUGUUCACCUCCACGACAACCAACUGCCGCCGGGGUUUCGCUUCCACCCUUCCGACGAGGAACUCAUCAGCUACUACCUCCUCAAAAAGGUCAUGGACUCCAACUUCACUUGUCGCGCCAUAGCCGAAGUUGACCUCAACAAGUGCGAGCCAUGGCAGCUCCCUGAGAAAGCAAAGAUGGGGGAGAAAGAGUGGUACUUCUUCAGCCUCCGCGACAGGAAAUACCCGACUGGCCUUCGCACCAACCGUGCCACUGAAGCCGGGUACUGGAAAGCCACAGGGAAAGACCGAGAGAUUUACAGCUCCAAGACUUGUUCCCUUCUUGGGAUGAAGAAGACUUUGGUUUUUUACCGCGGCCGAGCUCCCAAGGGUGUGAAAAGUAACUGGGUCAUGCAUGAGUACCGCCUUGAAGGCCGAUUUGCUUACAAUUACCUCCCCAGGAACUCCCAGGAAGAGUGGGUCAUUUCGAGGGUAUUCCAGAAGGCCAAGAAGAGCAAUGGACCCGAAUCCAAGAAGACCCGAAUGAUUGGGUCCAGCGGGUACCCAGCCGAGCCCAGCUCGCCUUCUUCCUCCUCUGUCUCACUGCCACCACUUUUCGACUCCUCCCCUUACUACCCAACCGUCCCUUUCUCCAACGGCAAUGCUUCCCUCACCGACCAUGACAGCUGCUCCCACGACAACCGUACCCCGAGGGAGCACGUGUCCUGUUUCUCCACCAACAGCGACUCCGCCAACACCGGCACUUUCAACCAUCUCAUGACUUCCUUGGACCUCGCUCCGCCGCCGCAGCCGCAGACUUCGCUCCACUUGUCUGGCGGCUUCGGCGGCCUCUCGGACUUUCCGAGCCUCAGGUCUCUCCAGGAAAAUCUCCAGCUGCCCUUCUUCUUCCCGCAGGGACUGCAGCCCCACCAGCCCUACUCCGGCGCCGGUGGCUCCUUCGACCUCGGCGACUGGAGCUCACUCGGAAACUGGCGUGGCGCCGCUGCCGAAGAGCCCAGGGCUGUGGGUCCAACCGAGGCCGAUUGCAUGUGGACGUACUAAAAGGAGGGUGGUUCAGAGUCGUCGAGACUGCCAUUUGUGGCGUCUCUGGAAUCAGUAUCAGGGUCAGUUUCGGUAUUUCAGUACGUAUUAUCUAUAACCUAAAGUCGCUGCUUUGAAAGUGACGAACCCAGUCUAUCUAUAUCAGGUCGCAGUGGACCUAAAUUUCUAUUUAAGUGAAGUAUGUAAUGACUCUUCUCCUAUGGUUUGUGUUACGUAUUUGACAAGGUAAUGAUGAUGGUUAGUAAUAUGCUUAUUUGCUGUGGUCUAUUUCUGGGAAAAGUUUGAGAGGUAUGUUUUUGUUUGUUGUAUAGGAAGAAGAAUAGUGGCUGGUUACUGAAUCUGCCUGCAUGAUCCAGCUUAAUUAUUAGUUAUCAUGCAGAAGAUUUUUGUCAUAAUUUGGUUGCCUUAAUUAGUAUUGCA